AUGGUGCAGCAGAACUUGACAGCGUUUUCGCACAGCGUGGACUUGCGUGGCCCACUGACGAAAGACAUUACUGCAGAGAGCUUUUCAGAGCGUUUGGUGCCCUUCACCUUGACUACUUGGCUUUGUUUGCUCUUCUUGUACUUGAUCUUCUUUGCGCACGAGAUGUAUGCUGCCAGGGUCAAACCACUCUGGGCGAACGAGCAGAAGGCCAGCAGCCUGAUGUUUCAAUCUUCCGUGCUCUUCUAUUGGUUUUACUGGUACGUCAACGAGGCGAUGCUGUUGCCUGUGACCUUGGACUUCGCUGUCAGCAUGGGCCAAAGCGCCACGAUGUCUGGCUUCUUCAUUAGCAGUUCUUUGAUCGCCUUGAUUCUGGGACUCUUCAUGGGCAAGAAGCUGGUGCCAGAAGCUUCGUUUGAUCAGCGCAGGGCACGUUCUUUGCUUGUGUGGUCCAACCUCGUUGCAACCCUCUUCAUGCUACUGGAAGCUGCCGUUUGCAACUCUGCGGUUCAUUGGAGCAUGCCAGCCAAAGGGGUGGUCUUUUGGGUGAUGAUUCUGAUCUCCCAAGCGCAUGGCUUUGUUGGAGCGUUGCCCUAUGUGCCGCUCAUGGUGAUGUGGGGCAAGUUCACACCCAAGAGUGAGAUGUCCUUCUGGAUGAUUCUGACCCAAUGUGUGCGGCAGAGUGGCCUCUUGGUCGGCCCAGCCAUCUUCGCGCUGGUGAGUGUCCUGGUGAAGGGUGGUUCGCCCAUUGCGCCUCCCUCGCUGAUGGCCUGGGUGGUUUUGGCACAAGCUGUCUUGGGACUGGCCUCGGUCUUGCUGAACGCCCUGGUCAUCCCGCAGCAGAUGCCUCCCCUGCCAGACGCUGACGCGGACGACGCGGAGGAACCGGAAGAUGUGACGCUGAGCAACGACCCGAAGACAGAGCGGUCGGUGGAGGAGUUGGAGUUGCCGCAGCGGCAGGAGGUGGUACAGGGCAUGAUCUUCUAUGCCUUCGAGCGUCAGUUGGUCACUGCCUCCAUUGAGGUCAGCACCAUCAUGCUUCUCGAGGUCUCCUACGGCUGGUCGGUGGAGCUGAGCGGGAUCGUCUUCACGGUGGUGUCCUUCACCGGCCUCUUUGCAUCCGUCGUUCGGCCAGGUUUGCCAGGAGUCCACGGUGUUUUUUGCCUGCAAUGCCAUUGCGCUGGUGGGCGUGAUCUUCCUCUUUGA